UUUUAUGGAAGAUUUUGUUCGGCUGCUCAUGAUAUAGAUGAUUAUAUACAACAAUUGCAAUUUUCAGAUGGAGUAAAUUUGAAUCAAGCAAUUGCACCAGAUUUUUGGGCGUUCCAUGAAAAAACGUUAGACAGCACGAGACGUUGUUACAAAUAUCAUCAAUCUCAAACUUUUUUAAAUAUCUUUGAAGUUUGUUACGAGGAAGAUGCUGCAACCAAAGUGGAGUAUAUAGCGCAAAAAUUGAUGCCGAUUGUUUUUGAAAGAUACGAUGCUUUAGUUGAACAAUUUAGGGAUUGGGAAAAACUCAAAAGUUCAGAUACUUCUUUGUAUUGGAAAAAUGUUAUGAACGUUAAUGAGGAACUUGAAUUAAUGGGUUAUCAACAUCAAACCGAUAAAUUUAUAAAGACACUUGAUCAUCUAUCAAAAAUUCCUCACUGGAUUGAACGACUUGAACAGUUAGAAAAGGUUGCUUAUAUUUUCAAUGUACCACGUAAUAAAGAGAAAGAAGAUUGGCUAUUGAAAUCAAUUCGUCUUUUAAAAGAUGAGGAUUGUGGCGUGGAACUUGUGCAAAUAAUUAAUAUUUUUGAAUUCUUAGAUAAAAACCUUUCUACGGUUAAUGAAAAUUGUUGGAAAUUGAUAACAGAAUUAUCAAAUGCUGAUAAUUUUAUCGACUUCUUAAAGAAUAUUGCCGAUCAUGAUAUUACGAAUUUGAUUAAUGGUGUAGAUGAUCACUCGGAUGAAAAUUUGAUUCAAGAGGAUACGGUAACGUCGCUUAUUCAAGUCAAGCAAUUUUUAAUGUGUCUCAUGAAAAAAAAUAUGGACACUGUUGCCGAUGUUUUGAAAGUAUUAUUAAAUGUUAUAAAGACCAAUCCCACAUUAGGAGACAAGAUCUCGUUAUGUAGUAAUAGCAAUAUGGCAUUACAAAACAUGUACAAUAACAUUUCGAACCGUGGAGAAGUUACUAAGGAAAAGAUUAAGAAUGCCGUAAAAAACGGAAUUUAUACUUUUAAACGCGAUGAAAAGGAGGGAGAUAAAUGUCAAGUUAUAUUGGAAUAUACCUCUAAAACUAAUAUGCAGUAUAAUUUAAAUGAAAUAUUUGAUUUACGUGGAGGAGCUCUUUUAAUUGCCACACCAAAAACUACGGUUAGGAUAAAUGAUGAUUGUGUAGUAAAUGAUAAAGAUGAGGAAAUGUCCAACAUUAUAGACGAUUUUAUUGUCCAAGUUGAUACCGCCCAAGAAAUAUUUAAUGUAGGAUCAGUAUUGAUCCAAAUGGGACAUUUUGGUUAUAGAAUAUAUGAACAAAAAUUACAUGGCACAGAAAGUAUGAUAAAUUACUUAAAAAGUUUAAAAAAUGAACUUGACGAAUGGAAAGAAAUAGUGGAUAAAGCACACGAGUUUUGUUAUUAUUUAACAUUCUUCUCUUCUCGUCACAUUUUAGCAUUCUAUGAUUAUUUCACAUCAGAAAAGUUAGAUAAGGAAAAUAAUGAAGAAUGUAAAAUAUUGAUUAGAUUCGUUAACAGCAAAGCCCAGUUACCUCCUCGAGAGGGUGUCCAAAAGAUACCACAUGAAUCUAAUGAUUAUCUUGAAAUUCUUUGUGUAAUUGGUAAUGAAUUAGAAAGAAUUUUUAAAAAUGUUCCAAAACAAUCACGUAAGCUUAAAGCUCUUGGACAACACGUAAAGUCGGAUAUCGUUACGAAGGGUAAAUUAUUCGUUGCGGCUUGCAACAACGCAUCAUUAGUUUCAAAUAUCAUCAUGUCGUUGUUUGCUAAUCAUGGAUCUUACCCGGAACCAUGGCAACUUUUAAUAUGCACUUCUUCAACUACGAUUGAAGAGUUCACAAUUUUCAUUAAAAGAAGUUUUUUUGCUUCAAAUAAUGGAUAUGAGAAUCACUUAUUCUGUAUUGCAAACCUAGAAUUAUUAGACUUUGAAUUACAAUAUAGUUUGGUUAAUCAAAUUAAAUCAAUGCGAGAUCAAACGGGAAAAUAUCUUUUGGCACUUAUUUGUUGUAGAGAAGCUGGUAUGCACCAUCAUAUCUUGGAUCAAUUCUCCUUAGAUGUUCACGUAACUAACGGUUUAUCCACCGAGACAAUGAUAGAAAUUUAUCAUAAUUUAUGUAAAAAUGUUAUAGCUGUCUCAUCCGACUUAUCCGGGCAAGGGAAAACUGAAUGGAUUAAAGAAAGCAGCUACAAGAAAAAGAAAAUUACGCAUAGCUUUUUAAUAAGCGAUGGUAUUGAAUAUAAUAGACUUGUACAUCAAUUCAAAAAAUGUAAACUUCUACCCAUAGAAAGUCUACAUAUAAAUAUAGUAUCGCCGGACCAUCCUGAAGAUGUCAAUAUGUUUUUAUUCGAGCUAUUAACCUUAGGCAUAGUUUCUACAAAUGACAAUAUAGCUUGUCUUCCAUCCUCAGAAACGCCUAUACACAUUUUUAUCGAAAUAGCCUCUACUACUGAACAACGUUUACGUAGUUCUCUCCCUAUGGUAGGAUUUCUGUUGUCUGAACAUUUAUCUUGGAAUAUAAGCAAUUUGAAGAUUUCUCGAGAAAUUCAUAGUCCAAUUCAAAUUGUCUGUCAUUAUUUGAAUUUGUAUGAAAGCAUGGAAAUAGAUACAAAAGAAAUCCUUUUUCGAACGGAUGAUGCAAUCAAAGAGCCGUUACCGUUA